UGACUGUCACCAUCACUGAGAGUUGAAAUGGCGCAGCAAGGAGCUCAGCUGGACCCCCUAAAGUUCUCUUGUUCCAUCUGUCUGGAUCUACUGAAGGAUCCGGGGACUCUUCCCUGUGGACACAGCUACUGCAUCAACUGUAUUCAAAGCUUCUGGGAUGGAGAGGAUGAGAAGAGAAUCUACAGCUGCCCUCAGUGUAGGCAGAGCUUCACACCGAGGCCUGUCCUGAUGAAAAACACCAUGUUAGCAGAUUUAGUGGAGGAACUGAAGAAGACUGGACUCCAAGCUGCUCCUGCUGAUCACUGCUAUGCUGGAGCUGAAGAUGUGGCCUGUGAUGUCUGCACUGGGAGGAAACUGAAAGCCUUCAAGUCCUGUCUGCAGUGUGUGGCCUCUUACUGUGAGAAACACCUCCAGCCUCAUCGUGACUCGGCUCCAUUACAGAAACACAAGCUGGUGGAGCCCUCCAAGAAGCUGCAGGAGAACAUCUGCUCUCGUCAUGAUGAGGUGAUGAAGAUGUUCUGCCGCACUGAUCAGCAGUGUAUCUGUUAUCUCUGCUCUGUGGAUGAACAUAAAGGCCACGACACAGUGUCAGCUGCAGCAGAAAGGACUGAGAGGCAGAGAGAGCUGGAGGGGAGUCGACAAAACAUCCAGCAGAGAAUCCAGGACACAGAGAAAGAUGUGAAGCUGCUCCAACAGGAGGUGGAGGCUAUCAGUCGCUCUGCUGAUAAAGCAGUGGAGCACAGUGAGAAGAUCUUCACUGAGCUGAUCCGUCUCAUGGAGAAAAGACGCUCUGAUGUGAAGCAGCAGCUCAGAUGGCAGCAGGAAACUGAAGUGAGUCGAGUCAAAGAGCUUCAGGAGAAGCUGGAGCAGGAGAUCACUGAGCUGAAGAGGAAAGACGCUGAGCUGGAGCAGCUCUCACACACAGAGGAUCACACCCUGUUUCUACAAAGCUACCCCUCACUGUCAGCACUCAGUGAACCCACACACUCAUCCAGCAUCAACAUCAUUCCUCGCCGCUACUUUGAGGACAUGACAGCGGCUGUGUCAGGAGUCAGAGAUAAACUACAGGACGCUCUGAGGGAGACAAACGUCUCACUGACAGGGACUGAAGUGAAUGUUUCACUGCCACAACCAGAGCCCAAGACCAGAGCUGAGUUUGUCAGAUAUUCACAUCAAAUCACUCUAGAUCCAAACACAGCACACACACUGCUGUUACUAUCUGAGGGGAACAGGAAAGUGGCAGUAAUGAGACAACAACAGUCUUAUUCUGAUCACCCAGACAGAUUCAGUGACUGGUGUCAGGUCCUGAGUAGAGAGAGUCUGACUGGACGUUGUUACUGGGAGGUGGAGUGGAGCGGGGAGGGAGUUUCUGUAGCAGUCGCAUACAAGAAUAUCAGCAGAGCAGGGGGCUGGAUUGAAUGUGGAUUUGGACGAAAUGACAAAUCUUGGGCGUUAUACUGUUACAAUGAGGGUUAUGACUUUUUGUACAACAAAGUCCAAACUCCUGUCUCAGGUCCUCGGUCCUCCAGAGUAGGAGUGUACCUGGAUCACAGUGCAGGUAUUCUGUCCUUCUACAGCGUCUCUGAAACCAUGACUCUCCUCCACAGAGUCCAGACCACAUUCACUCAGCCUCUCUAUGCUGGACUACGGCUUUGUUGGACUGAUUCCACAGCUGAGUUGUGUCAAGUCAAAUAGUCUGAAGUCAUUUAAGGGUUAAACUCUGUGUUUGGUCUCCAUGUUUGUUGCUGACAGCUGAUUGUUGUGGCGUUUCUUCACUGCACACAGAUCAGCUGUCAGUCAAACAUUGUGGGCGGGACUUUGACAUCUUCUCCUGAGUUGUUGUGUAAAUGUUUGAGUGUGUGUAGGUGGCGCUCCUUCCUGUGUGUGUUCAGCCAUGGAGGCUCUCACUGCUCAUGAUGAUGUUUGUUGAGCUGAAGUUUCUCUGCAUGAAAAUAAUGUGCACUUCUCUGGGCUCUAAAUGUCUGAUCAAUCUUUGUAUUGAUGUGUUUGUAUGUUGUUGUGUGUGAAGAGAGAAAGCAGCAGAGCUCCUUUAUCCUCCACACUUUGUUCUCUGUGCAAAGAAAUGUGUGCUCACAUUGAUUUGUUUGUGUUUCUACUUUUACUUAAAUAAAGUUUUACUUGUGAUCAACUGUUACAA